UUUAUUGUCUAAUAUUAACAGUAAAUUUGGAAAUGAAUUAAGUUUUUACUAACAAAAUAUUUGAAUUCGUUUACAUACCUUUGUUUGGUACGAAAAGAAUGUAGCUAUAUAGUUCUCUGAUGGCUUUAACAAAGAAAGACGGGAAUUGGGAUCGUAUUUUUCUGUAAAUUGCAUAAAACCACUGUUUGUUGUAAUUUUAAACAUCAGUAUGCCAUUUUCUUUAAUAUUGAACAUAACAUUAGUUCUUCUGUUUAUAUUCGAUUGAUGAGUGAAUGCAGUUAGCAGAGUGCACUGACCCAAGAAAUGAAAAGAGAUGGUCACUGACCGUACCUAAGCGCGAUUCACUGUUUACAUCCAGUUUUACAUCUCGAACUGUCAAGGUGAAGCACGGCAUCAACACUCCAUCGCCGUUAAGCUUCAGUGCACCACAGACUGUUGGCCGUGUGAAAAUAAAGUACUUUCACGUAGUAAAGUGCAUUGGAGAAAUCAAACAUAGCAUUAUUGCGUGUGUAACUGUCAAAAUUUUUGAUCGCGCGAAAAUGUCGAAAGUAAGCCAUACCGGAACAGGAAUGAACAAAGGCGAGCAAGAAUUUUUGUUCUCGAACAAAGAAGCGUCUGGCAGUGAACAUAAUAUUUUAAGAAUGGUUUCUAGCAUAUCUACAUCUCAGGAUGAAAAUUUUCGCGUGUUAAAGCAUGCAGAGAAUAGUCUUAGAGUUAUGGAGAAGUAUCUUCAUAAGCAACAAUUGACAGAUGUUAUAUUAAUUGCUGGAAACAGACGUUUUCCAGCACAUCGUCUAGUACUUAGCGCAGGUUCAGAAUAUUUUGCUGCCAUGUUUACUAGUUCUUUAAGGGAAUCUGCACAAAAUGAAGUUGAAUUAAAAGAGAUAGAUGGGGAUGCAUUGUGGGCUUUAGUCUGUUAUUGUUAUACAGGUUGUAUAGAGUUGAGGGAGGACAGCGUAGAAACUCUUUUAGCAACAGCACGGUUGCUGCAGUUGAAUCCAGUCGUUAAAGCUUGUUGCCAAUUUCUUAGGAAACAACUCCAUCCGAGCAAUUGUUUAGGGAUAAGAAUGUUUGCGGAUACACAGGGUUGUACAGAUUUAUUAGAUCAUGCUCACGCAUAUACAACAAAGCAUUUUAUGGAAGUUACAAAAAAUCAAGAAUUUUUACUACUGUCUGCUAGCGAAGUUGCCAAACUGUUAGAAUCUGAAGAUCUUAAUGUACCUUCAGAAGAAACUAUUUUUCAUGCACUUAUGACUUGGCUGGAGUAUGAUCCAGAAAAUAGACGAAAAGAUGCAAGCAGGCUAUUAAGUCUAGUAAAAUUACCUCUAUUAUCUCCUGCGUUUAUAGCGGAUAAUAUCGAAAGCAAUGAAAUGUUCAAAGAUCAAAGAAUGGCACAGGAGUUAGUUAUGGAAGCAUUAAAAUAUCACCUUCUACCUGAACGUAGGCCAUUGCUACAGUCAGGACGUACAAAACCCAGAAAAGCUACCGUGGGUCAUAUGUUAGCUGUUGGAGGAAUGGAUGCCAAUAAGGGUGCUACUUCUAUAGAUGCAUUCUCUCUUAGAGAUAAUAUUUGGAAACCAAUAGCCACUAUGAGUGGUAGAAGACUUCAGUUUGGUGCUGCUAUUGUUGACAAAAAAUUAAUAGUUGCUGGUGGAAGAGAUGGAUUAAAGACAUUGAAUACUGUAGAAUGUUUUGAUUUCACAACUUUUAAUUGGAGUACAUUAUCUCCCAUGAAUGUGCAUCGUCAUGGAUUAGGUGUAGCUGUGUUAGGUGGACCUUUGUAUGCUGUUGGAGGUCAUGAUGGUUGGAGUUUUCUUGAUACGGUAGAAAGAUGGGAUCCGGCAACGCGUCAAUGGAGUUCAGUUUCUCCUAUGUCAAUACAAAGAUCUACAGUUGGUGUUGCUGUAUUAAAUGAUAAAUUAUAUGCUGUAGGUGGAAGGGAUAUAAGUUCAUGUUUAAAUACAGUGGAGUGUUAUGAUCCACAUACUAAUAAAUGGACUCCAUGUGCACCCAUGUCAAAACGACGAGGUGGAGUAGGUGUAGGUGUAGUAAAUGGAUGCCUUUAUGCAUUAGGUGGUCAUGAUGCACCUUCUACUAAUCCCAACGCCAGCAGAUUCGAUUGUGUUGAAAGGUACGACCCUAAAACAGAUACGUGGACAAUGGUUGCCCCGAUGAGUGCCCCACGGGAUGUUGUUGGUGUCUGUGUGCUCGGUGAUAGACUUAUGGCAGUAGGUGGCUACGAUGGCCAGCAAUACCUUACGCUAGUCGAAGCAUACGAUCCUCAUCUGAAUGAAUGGGAACCGGUUGCCCCUUUGAAAGCUGGUCGAGCGGGAUCUCCAUGUGUUGUUAUAAAAAAUUUAACAGAUUUCGGAUUUGACAAUUAACGGUGCAAUCUGCACAUGCUCAAGCAUAGAAUUUCAAACAUAAAAUCAAAUGUUUUAAUUCAGUGUCUUAAAUCGAAAGAUGCAUUUAUCGAUAUCACGGUAUUACGGAAGGAACAUUAUUUUCAACUGUAAACAUAUGUUCAUAAACUUCGCUAAUUUUAAUAUGGACAUGGUUAUGUCUGUAUUAUAAUUUGGUAUAUGUUUGUGCAUUAUCGUGAAUUUGUAUAUAUUUAUAUCUACAAUUUUUUUGUAUAAACGUAUUGAAGUAUUAUAAAAUUGGAAGCGGAAUAACUAGAAUAGUAUAACAAACAUAAGAAUUUUUUAAUAGAAUCUUUUUUAUUACACUUUUUAUUAAUAUUUUUGUACACAUAGCAAUAUGUCAUUAUAAAUAUACAAUUACACAAACAUAACAGUGUGUGUGCAUGGAGAUGAUAAAAAAAACCGAUGUAUGUAAGAACAAGUUUAUUUUUCUUGUCGAAAUAAUGUUUUUAUUUA